UUCCCGUGAGGAUUCACAGGCCAUUAAUGACAUAACCACCACUUUUAACAUAAUUUCACGCAUUUCACUCUCAUUUUCUUCUCUUCCAUUUUCAACCAUCUAAAAAAUGCUUUCUUUAUCACUUCCCUUCAACUCCUCCUGUUGAUUUAUAUAUAUUGCGUGAUUAAAUCUUCACAUCACCUUUUGGUUUGCGUGAUUACUCAAUUUGGAACUCUGCUUAAUUGGGAUUUGUGUCUUGAGUAAUUUUGGGGCUGAAACAAUUUUGAAGUGUGAUCCAUCAUUGUCAUCAUAAUCUUGAGGUUGGUGUGAGACCAUUGCAAUGGAUUCUUGCUGUGUGCCCCUGAAAGCCAAUACCCAUAUGGCACAAGCUAGCAGAGCUGGUUUUAGGAGUGGGGAUAAAGAGAUUUUGGGUGAAAAUAUGAGAGGGAGUCUAAAUAAGGGUGUUUGGUUAAAUCAGCUGACAAGAAGCUUAAGAGUUGAGAGGAAUGUCAAUAAGGCCAAACCUGGUGUUGCUUAUGCCGUUUUAACAUCAAACAAUCCCAAGGAGGUCGUGACCUUACAACCACCAAUAUUUGAAAGGCGGAAAGUGGACCCAAAAAAUGUAGCAUCAAUCAUAUUAGGAGGAGGCGCAGGGACUCAGUUGUUUCCUCUUACCAGAAGAGCAGCGACACCAGCUGUACCAGUGGGUGGAUGCUAUAAACUUAUAGAUAUUCCUAUGAGCAACUGCAUCAACAGUGGGAUACAUAAAAUAUUUGUACUGACCCAAUUCAACUCUGCUUCCCUUAAUCGACACCUUGCACGGACAUAUUUUGGAAAUGGUGUUAACUUUGGGGAUGGAUUUGUUGAGGUUCUGGCAGCAACUCAAACUCCUGGAGAAGCAGGAAUGAAGUGGUUCCAAGGAACAGCAGAUGCUGUGAGGCAAUUUGUAUGGGUUUUUGAGGAUGUCAAGAACAGGAACGUUGAGAAUAUACUGAUCUUGUCUGGUGAUCAUCUUUACCGAAUGGAUUAUUUGGACUUGUUGCAGCAUCAUGUUGACAGUAAUGCUGAUAUCACAAUAUCAUGUGCAGCAGUCAGUGAGAGCCGUGCAUCAGACUAUGGUUUGGUGAAGCUAGACAGCAGGGGCCAGAUUAUUGAUUUUGCUGAAAAACCUAGAGGUGCUGAACUGAAAUCAAUGCAAACGGAUACAACUCGUGUAGGCUUGUCUCCACAAGAUGCGCUGGAAUCCCCUUAUAUUGCAUCAAUGGGAGUAUAUGUCUUUAGGACUGAGAUUUUGUUGAAGCUUCUGAGGUGGAGAUAUCCUACAUCAAAUGACUUUGGAUCUGAGAUCAUUCCUGCUGCUGUUGCUGAGCACAAUGUCCAGGCAUACAUUUUCAAAGACUAUUGGGAAGAUAUAGGAACAAUAAAGUCUUUUUAUGAAGCUAACUUGGCUCUAGCUGAAGAGCCUCCGAAGUUUGAAUUUUAUGACCCAAAGACGCCCUUCUACACGUCUCCUCGAUUCCUACCACCAACCAAAAUGGAUAAAUGCAGGAUUGUAGAUGCAAUAAUCUCUCAUGGAUGCUUCUUGCGAGAAUGCACUAUCCAACACUCCGUGGUUGGUGAACGCUCUCGUUUAGAUUAUGGUGUUGAGCUAAAGGACACUGUAAUGUUGGGAGCAGACUACUACCAAACUGAAGCUGAAAUUGCAUCUCUUCUGGCAGACGGGAAAGUACCUAUUGGCGUUGGAAGAAACACAAAAAUCAAGAACUGCAUAAUUGACAAGAAUGCGAAGAUAGGUAAAGAUGUGGUUAUCAUGAACAAAGAUGGUGUGCAAGAAGCAGAUAGACCAGAAGAAGGAUUUUACAUUCGGUCUGGAAUCACCAUUAUAGCAGAGAAGGCAACAAUAGAAGAUGGAAUAGUGAUAUAAUAGAUGUCAAGUAUGUGCAGGGACCGACUCGAAAAGGGUUCCAAGAGAGGUACAUCUCGAAGCAGGUUGGUAAGUUGCCUGGUGAAGGAGCUAACAGAAUGUCAAUAGCAGCAUUUUGGUCUCACACGAAGAAGCAAGCUUCUGCACAUUCUUUAUCAUAUGUAAAUUAGAAGGUUCUUUUGUGCUCAUAAAACUAGAGCUUCCUUUUCAGAGUUAUGGUUGCAAUAAGCCCUCAGAUAAAUAAAAGAGCUUAUGAGUUAGCUUUUUUGUUUCUUGUUUAGAAUAGAUAUGCUUAAAAGACUAGAUAACCUUUGUAUCAGUAUGGUAUGGAUUUUAAUAAUGUGGUGAAGCCUUUACUUGUACUAAAACCUGUUUUUUGUGUGAAUAUAUGAAUAAUAAGGCUUUACAUUUCUAUUU